GAACUAUACACAUAAACCAACAUGUGCUCACCUUGCCAUGUUCGAGUUUUAGUAAAGUUUCAACGACAAAGAGUAGAAUUUAUGUUCAAUAAUUAAUUUUUUAACAAAAAAUGUAGGGGAAAAAUCAUUCAGCAAUGAAAUAAUUGGAUACUUUAUAAAUAUUUACCUCGUAAUGGGAAGGGUAUCAUUUAAAUUAAAACAUUCCUCAUCUUAAUAACCACACCAGGGAGAAUUAUUUGCAGACAACGCUUGGAAACCAUGGACCAUUUAUCGCCGGUUGCUCAAGCCUUAUCCAAUCCAGUUAUUCUACAAGAAAUCUUCCAGUACAAAUCCCUCUCCGGAAAGGACCUCCGUCUCAUCUCUAAGCUAUGGAACGAAGUAAUCCUCUCCCUCCCCCGGCCAAAACUCUGCCUCAAACUGAACCCCUGCAUAAAACAAGCCUGCUGCGACCCGUCCAAAUUCCUCGACCAAAUCUACCCCACCAUCUCCACCCCCAAGUUGGCCCGAUGGAUCAAAAUCUCGAAAGGGUGUCAGACCACCCACUUAGACGCCGACAGCAACCACUCGCGGGAGGCGUCCGACAUCUCCGCAGCAAAGCUAAUUUCCACCAUGUGUCAAAAGUACUCGGAAACCAUUCAAGAAAUCAAGGUCCACUCGAGACUCACCAUUCUUCCCACCCUGUACAAAAUCCUGGCUAAAUCCUGCCCAAAGCUGAAGCGCUUAAGUGUCACGUGUCCCCGUCGGCGGGGCGGGAUUGACCCCACCGUCGCCACGUUUGAUUCCCCCCUCCCCAAGAAGUUUAAACUUGAAUAUAUCCGCUUCAUCCUGGACGACCCGCCCCAUACCUUUAUGCAACAGAUUGUUAACGCCGCGCCAAAUUUGAAGACGCUAUUCAUCGUGGGAAAUCUGUACCCUGAUUUAGCCAAGACUCCCAACAUUUCCCGGCUUUUUCACUACGGCCGAGGCAAAACGGGGCCGGGCGGGUCGAGCCAGGCCUUCAAUGGGGAUUCGUUGACGAGACUGAUUUCGCAAAUUGCGAAUUCCUUGAUCUACUUGAAAAUCGGGUUGAACACGGAUGAAGGCAAGUAUUCCCCGGAUACGGCCCCGGAUACCUUUUCCCUGCCGGAAAACAUGCCGAAAUUGAAGGUGCUGCAUAACCGAUGCGUCGACAUUUUUAAAUGUCCCGACGAAAUGGGGGGAUUGAUCGGGGCGGCGAAAAAGUUUAAGAAUUUGGAGCACAUUUUGUUCGGCUGUAGCGCCGCGGCGGGGAAGGAAUUGCUGGAUAAGUUUUUGGAGGUGUUGUUCAGCUCGAAAGAGGUGUUGUCGAGGGCCGUGAGGAAAAUCGUGGUUCAAGACUUGACCGAGAGUUUGGGUCCGUUGGCGAAAUUGAGAAAUGUUUAUCCCACCGUGACGGAGGUGGAGUUAUACUUUUUGCAUAAGGUGAAUGCGCCAGAGGAAAUGAAUCCAGCCGUGUUUAGCAGUCAGCUCGAGUUGCUACUGCAGAUUGGGGGGUUGAAGAAGAUUACGCUUAAUAUGACGAUGGACUUGAGCCUUUCGGACUUUGUGAAGGCGCUUUCGGACAAUAAGGAGCUAUUUAAAGGAAAAGGACUUAAGCAACUCAUGCUUCUCAGAGAGUCUCCCACCAGCGAUAUUUCGGAUGAUUUGUACGAGUCUGGAAAAAUAGAAAAAUAUGGUAUUAAGAAUUUCAUCAAAGAGUUUGAGAGCGUCCUUUUCGCCACGAAGGGGCUGGAACUCGUAGUAAUUUCCGGCGUGAUAUUCCGCGGACCAACGGCGCAUCGUAUCAUAAAUUUCAUCCGUGAUGAAAACUUACCUGUACAAUUUUACUAAAUACCGGAAAUAUCUACUGAUUGGGAUCGCUCUUUUCGUCAUAUUACCGUACGAGUCGUACGGUACGUAAAACGCGUCAAGUUUUUUUCUUCAACCUGCUUCGAUCGUAUUUAAUUUAUUGGCAGGUCAAAAAUGUCAAAUUUUCUAGCAAACGAUGCACAUCACUAAUUUUGAAUAGAUAUUCCAGGAUUUUUGUACUUUGUUAGUCCUACGUCGUCGUUGUCGUUUUUAUAGAUAUGAACAUUAGCAGUUUAAAGUUAGCAAAUUGUGUAGUUUUAGAUCUACAUAUAAGUUUUUUAUUGAUUUAACUUAUUUGUUAGAUAAAUAUAUAUGUAUAUGCAUAUGAAUAGCAUGUAUGCAUACCAACACAGAAUUUUUAUAUGUCCAACAAUACAAUUAGUUUUAUGUAGAAAUUCGCAAGUAUGUUACAAACCUAAUAAAAGUUUGAAAACGAUAA